AUGCGCCGUAUUAUUGGGUCGUUUGAGCCUCAGGCGAUCCCGCACACGCUUGGAGACGACACACCUGCGCCCCUGUGGAGGGGGGAUUCGCGCGGCGAUCCAGGAGACAUAGCAUCCACUCUGCACGAGAACAAGAUAUUCGGCAAGUUUUUGUGGCGUGUGGAGAAGCAGAAGAGCGAGGAGUACAUCUUCGAGACUGCCAGGAGGAGGGCAGUGCGGCACCUCGGUGCGUACAAGGAGUAUGUCGUCGACCACCUCCCUUGCGUCAAAGCCUAUGUCGAGUUCUACGCCUUCCCGGACGAGGCAUAUUCGCGAGUUUAUGAAGCUACCUUUGGAUGGCUGCUUGGUGCCCCGACUGGAAUCGCUGCUGAAUGGUUGGCUCCGAUCAACGACCUCCCACCAGAGGAGUACCCUCGUGCACUCUGGCAACUCAUUCGCUGUCAUUUUCUUCUCUGGCAAAUUGGUAUCGCGCAUGGCGACAUCAGUCCGUCGAACCUGAUGCAGCGUCGUUGUCCGGAUGUGUCUCCCAUCUUGACCCACUUCAAAUACGACGACGACACAGCUCGCUUUGACCAUUGA